CAUUAGCUUGCUACUAUUUGCGAGCGCCCCUGAAUGAAGUCAGAAGCAGCAAACCAGCGAAAGAGCCUUCUUCAAUAUGGAUUUAUUUGACGAUCUUCCAGAACCAACCCAAACCGCAGGUGAAGCCUCSGUACAGAAUACAUGUCCAUCACCCCUGGAGGACAGGGGGGCCAAGAGGAAAAGAGAGGCACCUGAUGACGAUGAGGUGGUGGAAGGACAAAAACUAGAAGAAAAGAAAGUUUGUAAAGGUGUGCCUAUACUGAAGGGGUAUGUAGCCGCUCGGAGGGGAGAGAGAGAGGAGAUGCAGGACGCUCACAUUCUCCUAUCUGACAUGAAAACCUGCCUGUCCACCCUUCCAACUACAGUGUCUCGUCUGGCCUACUUCGCUGUGUUCGACGGCCAUGGAGGAGCUAGAGCCUCUCGCUUCGCUGCAGAACAUCUUCACCACACUCUGGCCCUGAAGUUCCCUAAAGUAGAAACUGAGAACCUGGACAAACUCGUGAAGAAGUGCCUACUAGAUACCUUCCGACAAACAGAUGAAGACUUCUUGAAAAAAGCCUCCAGCCAGAAGCCUGCCUGGAAGGAUGGCUCUACAGCCACCUGUAUGUUAGUGGUGGAUGACAUGGUGUAUGUAGCCAACCUGGGAGACAGCAGGGCGGUUCUCUGUCGGAUGGAACAGGAAAUGCAGGGCGGAGAUAGGAAGUGUGUCACUCUGGCGCUCAGUAAGGAACACAACCCCACCAUCUACGAGGAGCGCAUGAGGAUCCAGCGGGCGGGGGGCACCGUGAGGGAUGGGCGAGUCCUUGGGGUGCUGGAAGUGUCCAGGUCUAUAGGAGAUGGACAGUACAAACGCAUUGGAGUCAUAUCCACACCUGACCUCAGGCGCUGUCAGCUUACACCCAAUGACAGGUUCAUUAUCCUGGGCUGUGAUGGUCUGUUUAAAGUGUUCUCUGCAGAGGAAGCUGUUAAAUACGUUCUCAACGUCUUGCAGAAUGGGAGUGUUGAGAGGAAGGAGGGACAGACUGAGGAAGAGGGCCACUAUGAAGCAGCAUGUCAGAGACUGGCCAACGAGGCAGUGAGGAGAGGAUGUGCCGACAACGUUACCGUCAUACUGGUGUCUGUUAGCUUCUGAACAACAGACACCUGAUCUGGCCCAUCAUUGAUGUGUCUCAUUGCGUGCCUCAGUGCCUCUGAGUGCUAUGUCCACUGUGGCUCCAGACCUUAAAACACAUGAACAGAUCCCACCGCUGCCACCAACAGACGAACAUCAGAAACAUGUUGGUCAACCGUUCAUUAUAAAGGAGGUGUUCUAAUCUCUAACUCAAUGUGAACUGUAUACACUACGCAUGCACACAAUGCAAGAACGCAAAUUUCUAAUUGCUUSUGUUGCGUACCUGCGUAGGGUGUAAAUCAGGCCCUGUACUGCUUAUCCUGAUGACUACUGAUGAUUUAAAUGGGCUUUAUGUUUUCUGAUCAAUACCUUGUCUUAUCUCAUUUGUGCACAUGUUGUUUUAUUGCCCUCAAUGUUACAUUUUCUUUUUCUUUGGUGUACUUUUAAGAAACUAUUUCAGAACAUAAUUUCAGAGAUUGUACCAAAAAAAAUAAAAAAUGUAUACAACUCUG